CUGGAGUUCCUCAGCGCUGAUGGUGAAUAGCCACUGCUGCCGUAACGGGCGGAGGAGAAGAAGCCGCAGAAGGAGUCAGCAGUGGCAAAGGAGUGAUAGUUCGGAGUUAGUCUUAUAGAUUUAGCAGUAUUACGUGUAUCAUCGGAUCCUUACAAACCCCAGAAGGGAAGGGAAGGGAAAAAUAAGGGAAGAUGGCGGCCGCGGCCUCGCCGGGCUCCGGCUCGUCCACCUCCUCAGACUGGAUUGUACUGAGAGACGGUUGCCUGCGUUGCGACGAGGUGGGCCUGCGAAGCCUUUCCUACCACCCGGCCCUCAACGCUAUCUUGGCCGUCACCAGCCGCGGCAGUAUCAAAGUAAUUGACGGCACUUCGGGGGCCAUUCUCCAGGCUUCAGCGUUGCAUGCUAAACCUGGCGGUCGUGUCAGGUGUCAGUACUUUCCCGCUGUGGACAAGGUGCUUUUUGUGGACGACUAUGCAGUUGGAUGCAGGAAGGACCUUAACGGCAUCCUGCUCCUGGACACCGCUCUCCAGCCUCCAGUGGCCAAGCCUGAGGAUAUGGUUCAGCUGGAGCUGCCGGUAACAGAGAAUGAAUAA